AGAAGGAGGAAGAAUGCGACCGCGUCUCAAGCAACUCAUGCACAUUUUUAAACAUGACCAGCUGGCUGAGAGCGUGUGUUCUCGUGGGACUUCAGGUCGCCUGCUGCCUCGCGUAUGACGGGUCAGGAUACUGGUCUUACUCUGACGAUGAGGAUGUAAGAUAUACAGGUGUGCCAUGGUGUGCUCCAGUCAAAGUCAAGCAUGGGCAGGCGAGCUGCCAUACGCCACGUGGUGAGCAUUAUAAGAACGUGCUGGGAGCCCGCUGUAGGAUCCACUGCAAGAGAGGCUAUGAGCUUGAGGGCAGCAGUGAGAUACUCUGCAUGGCCAGCAAACAGUGGUCAGGAAAAUUCUCCUGCAGAGAGGUCCGCUGUCCACCACUGGCCAUGCCAUCUAACGGUGGAUUUAAAUGUUCAGACGGUUCGUACUACAACUCCAACUGCCAGUUCUUCUGUUCACCAGGAUACACACUCCGUGGAAAUCAGCGGAUCACCUGCCAAAGCAGCAAAACAUGGAGCGGUGGUCAGAGUGUGUGUCUGGAUCUGGAUCCUCCAGUCAUUAAGUGUCCAAAUGUGAAGGAGAAGACAGCUGAGCCAGGAAAAGUGACUGCAAAAGUGACAUGGGAUACACCAGAGGGGAAAGACACAGCAGAUGGCAUACUCACAGAUGUAAUACUAAAGGGAAAGCCUCCAGGAACAUACUUUACAGAGGGAAACCAUAAACUAUCGUACACUGUAUUCGACCGGGCUGGAAACAAGGCUACCUGUAAAUUCAACAUCAGAGUAAAAGUCCGCCGCUGCAGUCCCCUGUCAGUGCCGGAAAAUGGCUGGAUGAAGUGUGACAGUGCUGGUGAUAAUUAUGGGGCGACAUGUGAUUUCCGCUGCAUGGGAGGUUUUGAGUUGAGAGGCAGCGCUGCCCGAGUUUGCCAGUUAAACAUGGAAUGGUCUGGCCCUGAAACCAGCUGUGCACCCAUGAGCAUUAAUGUUGGAGUGCGAUCUGCUAAUCAACUACUGGACCAGUUCUAUGAGAAACGACGUCUGCUUAUAAUCUCCACCCCCACAGCGGCCAACCAUUACUACAGAUUCCAAAUGACUAAUUUACAGCAAGGACAAUGUGGUUUGGACUUAAGGCAUGUGACUGUGAUUGAGCUAGUGGGAAGGUUUCCAGCUCAAAUAGGACGCAUUAGAUACCAAAUCUUCCCCCCAGGUCUGGUCCUACAGCUCAGAAUGCUCCUUCAGCUGUCUCAGAACUCAUUUAAUCUGGUGCUGCUGGACAAACAGGGAGUAGACAAACAGCGCUACACAUACCCAGUCACAGCAGCAGAGAUCUUCAGCAUCAUCGACACCUUCCCACUGCGCACUGAAGAGGCGCUUCUGCAGAAAGAAGCAGGUCAUGGCUGCUAGACAACUAGACCACACACACACACACACACACACACACACAAUGCAUGUGGGAGUUUUCAUAUACCUAUUUGUGAUUGUUGGAUGCUCUAGUAAUUUUGUGCCAAUAUAUAAAUAUUAUUGUGUCAAUAUUUAUAUUAUUCUGUCAUAAUAUAUAUAUUAAAUUUACUCAGUCCAAUUGAAACUAUUUACUUGCCUUAAAGAAAUUAACAUGUCCAUUUUAAUAUCUCUGAAAUGUCAAAAUUCCAAUGUGUGAUGUUACUGUAAGCUUGGCAACUAAAUCCACAAAAUAAAUGUUAAUUUCAUUAAUGUUAUAUGAUUGCAUAUAUGUACUUUUUAUUGUAAGCAGUUUUUUUAUGAAACCGAACCAAAAUACCCCAUACCUCUAAAAUAUAAACAUAUUUAUGUACAAAAACUAGAAAUGCUUUUAUUUAUAAAGUUGGUGCUCUAAAUAGCUCACAUAGUAGUUUUAAGCAUGGUGGGCUUAAAAAACAAAUAAAAUAGUCUAUGUACACCCACUGUAUGUGUUUU